AUGUCCAUCUACACUCGGACCUGCUCUGGCCCUCUCCUUGGCCGGAGCUCCAGAACCGCAGUGCGAGCUGCGUUGAGAAGAAGAGCUGCUGGCUUGAGCUCGGCAGCAGCAGGGGCGGCGACAGCGACAGCGACGAGCACGCCCGGGUUUGAUGAGAGUUUGCUGCAGGGCCGAGCAGAGUGGCAGCAGCCGGCGCGGCUUCUGGGCACUGAGGGGUUGAGUAUACGGACGGGACCGAUGGAGCCCGCUCUCUUCACAGGCACCAUCCCCGACCACUUCGCCUCCGUCGUCUCCCGCCACGGCGACCGUCCCGCCGUCAUCGCCCGCUCACCAACUCAGUCUUCUUCCCCCCUCGAGACAACCCUCACCUACCAUGACCUCGACCUCACCUCCAACCGCCUCGCCUCCUCUCUCGCCUCGCUCGGCGUCCGCAAAGGCGACCGCGUGGCCGUCUCCCUCGGCAACACGGCCGAGUUCGCCGCCCUGACCUACGCGCUCUUCAAGCUCGGCGCCGUGCUGGUGCCCCUGAACCCGAGCUUCAACGCCCAGCAGGUCGAGUCCGCGCUGGGCCACCUCGGCGCAGAGGUCCUCAUCAUCGGCGCCGUCACCGAUCUGGCCUACCGGCCUGGGAAAGGGCGCAGCAACAAGGCCCUGCUGGAGAAGAUCAUCGGCGACGUCCAGCGCCAGGAUGGCGACAUCCAGAGCGAGUCUGUGCCCUCGCUGAGACGGGUCAUCGUGGUGGACAACCGCGCCAGCCACGACGGCAGCAUCGUCGACGACUUCAAGCUCGAGCAGUACCGCGCGCUCGGCUCGUACAGGACGCUCCUCGAGGGCUCGGACCGCGCCGUCACGCCAGACUCGCCCCUGCAUGCGCUGGACACCAUCAACAUCCAGUUCACGUCCGGCACCACCUCUGCCCCCAAGGCGGCGCAGCUCUCGCACACCGCCAUCCUCAACAACGGCGCCUUCAUCGCCGACCGCAUGGGCCUGGACCCUUCGGACCGCAUCGUCGUGCCGCCCCCCUUGUUCCACUGCUUCGGCUCCGUGCUCGGCUACAUGGCCACGGCCACGACCGGCUCGGCCAUCCUGUUCCCCUCGCCGGCCUUUGAUCCCAUCGCCACCGUGCGCAUGGCCGCCGAGCACCAGGCCACGGGCCUCUACGGCGUCAGCACCAUGCUCGUCUCCGUCUUCGAGGCCAUGGACCACCAGGCCAACAACCUGCCCGUGCCGCAGCACCUGCGCAAGGGCAUCGUCGCCGGCAGCAGCGUGCCCGAGUCGCUGAUGCGCAGAAUCUACCGCCGCCUCGGCCUGGAGGACCUGGUCAUCUGCUAUGGCAUGACCGAGACCGCGCCCGUCAGCUGCAUGACCCGGCCGUCGGACCCCUUUACGCAGCGCACCUCGUCCGUCGGCACGCCCAUGCCGCACACCACCGUCAAGAUUGUCGACCCGCUCGACCGCAGCAGGGUCCUCCCGCUGGGCGAGCGCGGCGAGCUCGCCGCCUCGGGCUACCUCGUCAUGAAGGGCUACUUUGGCGACCCGGAGCGCACCGCCCAGGUGAGGCGCGAGGAAAGCGACGGCCGCACGUGGAUGUACUCUGGCGACGAGGCCGAGAUGGACGGCCAGGGCUUCGUGCGCAUCACGGGCCGCAUCAAGGACCUCAUCAUCCGCGGCGGCGAGAACAUCCACCCGCUCGAGGUCGAGAACUGCCUGUUCCAGCUGCCCGGCGUGCAAGAGGUCAGCGUGGCGGGCGUGCCGGACGAGAGGCUGGGCGAGGCUGUCGCGGCCUUUGUCAUCCCCAGCGAGGGCUGGACGACGGCCGAUGCGAAUAGCAGCAGCAGCGGCGACAACAACAACAACAACAACGGUGACGAGGCUGCCAAGAGGCUGACAAAGGAGAAUGUGCGGCAGUGGGUGCGCACCAACUUGUCAAGCCAUCUUGUGCCAAAGUAUGUCUUUUGGGUGACGGACUAUCCCAAGACGGCGAGCGGCAAGAUUCAGAAGUUUAAGCUGCAGGAUAUGGCCAAGGAGAUGCUUGAGGAGGGGCUAUGA